AUGGCCGUCUCUCCAGCUGAGCCUUACGCAGCGUCUGCCAACGCCAACAUCACAGUCGCCAAAGCCAAAGCGCUCACCGUCCUACAACACAAUGCUGGCAAAGCCAUGUCUCCUCGAGCUACUACCGCGGGAACAGACGCCAUCUCUGGCGACGCGCCGCGCGACUUAUCCGAGGCCAUGAACGAGGAGAUCAAAAAUAGAUAUAAGAAAACAACGAAGCUCGGUGAGGGUACAUACGCCAUCGUAUACAAGGGCGAAGUCGUGAAAAAGCCCGGCCAGUUCGUCGCCAUCAAGAAGAUCAAAGUCAACGCCGAGUUCAAAGACGGCAUCGCGAUGGACGCCAUCCGCGAAAUAAAGCACCUGCAGGAACUCGACCACCCGAACGUCAUCAAGCUCCACGCCGUGUACAGCUCGAAAGCGCAGAACCUCAACCUCGUCCUCGAGUUCCUCCCCCUGGGCGACCUGGAACAGAUGAUGAAGGCGCGCGACACCAUCUCGUAUGCGGCGGCCGACGUCAAGUCGUGGAUGGGCAUGGCCUCGCGCGGCCUGUGGUGGUGCCACGCCAACUUCGUGCUGCACCGCGACAUCAAGCUCAACAACCUGCUCAUCGGCGCCGACGGCGAGGUCAAACUCGCGGAUUUCGGUCUCGCGCGCUCCUUCGCCGAGCUCUACGCGCCCAUGACCUACAACGUCAUCACGCGCUGGUACCGGCCGCCCGAGCUCCUCUACCAAGCCCGCUUCUACUCGGGCGCCGUCGACGUGUGGAGCAUGGGCGUCGUCUUCGCCGAGCUCGUCCGCCGCGACUUCUUCAUGCCCGGCGACACGGACCUCGCCCAGCUCGACCAGAUCGCAAACGUCUUCGGCACCCCGACCGAGGACAACUGGCCCGGCGUCUCCAAGCUCCCCGGCUACAUCAAACCCUCGGCCGACGCCGCGGAAAUCAAGCGCGGCUGGCCCCAGGGCUUCUGGGACUCGGAAUUCGGCCUCAUCGGCCCCCAGGGCAUCCAGCUGCUGCGCUUCAUGCUGACGCUCGACCCCCGCCGCCGCGCCACCGCCAAGCAGGUCCUCGAGCACCCCUGGUGGUCCGCGGAGCCCAGACCCACCCCCAAGCAGGACCUGCCCAACCCGAACAAGACCAAGGCCAAGGCCGAGCUCGAGAAGCGCAUGGGCGAGGACCUGAAGCGGCGGGGCGGCGAGAUUCCCGGCACCACCGAUGAAGCAGGCCGCGGGGACAAGGUGGCCCGGAAGUUGGAUUUCGGGUCUUUCAGGUGA